AUGGGAACUUCAACUGAAAAUUGGGUUUUAGGUGUUGCUGCUAAAGGUAUCAUCCCAUCACCGAUAUCUAACAGUCAUUUAGAAAAAUUAAGGUCAAUGAUAGCUCGCAUAUUGCGUUUUAAUUUGAAUGUUUUGAAAAAGAGGCCAAAUAGAAGAUUUUUUGAUUGUGAAAGCAAUAGGCGUCUAACCUCAGAAAGUUAGUCUAGGUUAACAUUUUUCCACCCAGACGAAACUUGAUGCGAUCUGGUACUUAAGGGUUUCAGACCAUGCUCUUCUUUUACCUAGCGGACACUUUUCAUGAAAAUGCUCAGAAGUAGGUUUUCUAGAAAACCAUGGUUUUUUGACACACUGGUCGAAUAAAACACUGUUUUUAACAAAACCAAGAAAUGAUGAAGCACUUCUAAUUAUAUUGCUGUACUCAGCAGAGAUCGGGCUACAUUUUGAAAAAAAAAAUUAAGUCUUUAACUUCAAGUCUCAAUUAUUUUAUUUAAUUUUGAUUUCUUUAAUUUCAACUUGUUUUGAUACUCAUAUUACUCAACAGUGAAAAGUGAUGAAGAACUCAUUCGAAUUACAUUGGAUAGAUCAUAAAAAACAGAGCAAAACUAGGUAUAAUACCUAGUUUUGC